UGGGAAUAUCUGUUAGAGGGAACAAUGUCUGGGAUUUGUUAAAUCCUGAGUAGAGAUGUGAACCCAGUCAAUCUGCUAUAUCAUAAAGAUUCUCAAAACAACAUUGUGGGGAUGGGGUGAUCCCCUCCAUCUGCUGAAUACUAUCUCCAAAAUGAAUCAACAUUUAUCCUCAUCAGCUUGAGAGAGAUUCAAUACUAAUGCCUACUGAAAGAAAUUAUCCACUUGUUAGCCAUGAGCAAACAAGCUCCAUUAUCAGACUGUCUUUAUGUAUGCUGAGAUCCAGGUACUCUGCUGCAGAAGCACAAGAGCCUAGAAGGAACAUGAUUUGGGCCCUGCUUGCCACUUCCUUUGACAGCUCACAAACACAAGGAGCACCCCCACUGUUCAUCAUAAACGGCUAAAUGAUGAAAAAUAGCAAGGAACCCUAUUUUGUGAAGUUUAUAAAGUCCAAGGAAAAUUCAGAAUUUUUCCUUCAGGCGCUUGAGUCCAUUAAAGAAUUUCAGUCAGAAGAAUAUCUCCAGAUCCUUGAAAAUGAAACUGCACUGAGAAUACAAGAGAAUGACAAAUCCCUUUAUAUUUGUGAUCAGUUCAGUGGCACUGUUUUUAAUCACCUUCAAAAGCUUGGUUGUAGAAUUGUUGGACCACAAGUAGUCAUAUAUUGUAUGCAGAACCAGAGAUGUGUGCCAAGGGCUGAUUAUCCUGUUUAUAAUAUGACUAUGGCUGAUGUCACAGUAUCCUGUACAAGUCUAAAAAAAGAAACAAGGGAAGAGGUCCACCAGUAUGUACAGAUGAUGGGUGGUCGUAUCUACAGAGAUCUUAAUGUGUCAGUUACACAUCUUAUAGCUGGAGAGGUUGGAAGCAAGAAAUACUUAGUUGCUGCUAAUUUAAAGAAACCCAUUUUGCUUCCUUCUUGGGUGAAAGCACUGUGGGAUAAAUCGCAACACAGCAUGGUCAGAUAUACAGACCUAAACAUGAGAGACUUCCUAUGUCCUUUGUUCUGUGGCUGUACAGUCUGUGUUACUGGUUUAAGUAGUAUGGACCGCAAAGAGGUCCAGCGCCUCACUGUUGAGAAUGGUGGCCAGUAUACAGGGCAGCUGAAGAUGAACGAAUGUACUCAUCUUAUUGCUCAAGAGCCAAAAGGCCAGAAAUAUGAGUGUGCAAGAAGGUGGAAUGUUCAUUGCAUAUCUAUCCAGUGGUUUUUUGACAGUCUUGAAAAGGGAUUUUGCCAGGAUGAAUCCAUGUAUACGAUGGAAGCUGGACAAAAGCAAGAAAAUGCACCUAACACAUCAACUCCAACUAGUGAAACUAGCAAGCCUGAUAGUCACAUGCUCUCAGAUGUCAGCCAUAUUUCAAAUAUCUGCUUAGGUGGCAUCAAUGAAACCACAUAUAACUCUGCUAUGACUAGCAGACUGGAUCCUCCUCCUGAUGAUCUGAACAAUUUGGAUAUUAGUUCCUUUCAAGCUCCUGAAGAUUUACUAGAUGGAUGCAGAAUUUACCUGUGUGGUUUCAGUGGCAGAAAAUUAGAUAAAAUGAGAAGGCUUAUUAACUCAGGAGGUGGUGUUCGUUUUAAUCAGCUCAACGAAGAUGUGACACAUGUCAUCGUGGGUGACUCUGAUGAUGAACUAAAACAGUUUUUGAAGAAGACAGCACAGAGGCCAUAUGCUGUGACAGCAAAAUGGCUUUUGGAAUGCUUUAGAAAGGGUUAUUUACUUCCUGAGGAACAAUAUAUCCCACAAAGCUACCAGCCAGUGAACAUUCCAGUUCCAGAGCAGCCUGCUCCCCAAAGAAAUAGUCUCUCCAGUAAAGAACCUGUGAAUAUUGUGCAGGCUCAGGAAGCAGAUGAAGAUCUUCUGUCCCAAUACAUAACUAAAGAUUCCACAACUGUUUAUGCUGAUGACUACAGUGAUACUAAUGACAUUACCCUUAAAGAAGGAAAUGGGUCCCCAGUCAGAUAUAGUUCCUUGGCAGAAGCUGCUACAAUUGUUGAAGGAGCCUUGUUCAGCAGAAAAAGAUUUCUUCUUCUGGGUUUUGAGAAAGAGGAUGAAUCCUUCCUAAAGAGUCUGAUUGAAGAGCAUGCUGGGAAGGUCCUACCUCAACAUAACAAAGCAGUUGCUGACUAUGCAGUGGUUCCUCUACUGGGGUACAAGGUGGAGUCAACUGUAGGAGAUGUGGUUACAAAUACAUGGCUGGUGAUGUGUAUAGAACAGCAAGUUCUUCUAGAUCCACAAUCAAGUCCACUUUUUAUGCCAGUACCUAUGAUGGAAGGAAUUGUCCCACUGGAAAAAUGUGUUUUAUCUUUCAGCCAGUUUAGUGGAACAGAGAGAGAUUCUUUAACAUAUCUAGCAAUUCUGCUUGGGGCAAGAGUUCAGGAAUUCUUUGUCAGAAGGGCUAACCCAAAGAAAGGAAUGUUUGUCAGCACUCACCUGGUGUUAAAAGAGCCAGAAGGCUCCAAGUAUGAUGCUGCAAAGAAGUGGGACCUUCCUGCUGUUACAAUGGCUUGGCUGUUGGAGUCUGCAAGGACAGGAAAGAAGGCUGAUGAAAGCAAGUUCCUGGUCGACAACGUAGGCACUGCAGAGCAAGAGAGCUUCACAAAUCACUCAGAGAAGGCAGGGACAGAGGUAACAUCUUCAAAUACUCCCAGCCGACCUAGUAAUCUCUUUGAAACUGAGAAGAGAACAGCUGUGACACCUCUUGAUAUGAACCGGUUCCAGAGUAAAGCUUUCCAGACUAUUUUGCACCAUAUUGGUAGGAAGCCAAGCCCUCCAGCAGAGGGGAAACCAUUACAGAAAGAGCCAUCUCUGCAUCUGGACACACCAUCCAAAUUUUUAUCUAAAGACAAGCUCUUUAAGCCUUCUUUUGAUGUCAAGGAUGCUCUAGCAGCUUUGGAAACUCCAGGGGGCCCUAACCAACGGGUCAGAAAACCAAGUACUCCCCUUUCAGAAGUCAUUGGUCGGAACUUAAAACUGGCUUUAGCAAACAGCACUCGGCAAGCAGCUGUUCUCACCGCCAGUCCUCAGCUGAAGGCAGCACCUCAAAGAGUGGAGGAAGAGUUAAAACCUCUAACUGAUGUUGUUGUAUGUGUGAGUAAGAAGCUUAGUAAAAAGCAGAGUGAACUGAAUGCUAUUGCUGCUUCCCUUGGAGCAGAUUACAGAUGGUGCUUUGAUGAAACUGUAACUCAUUUCAUCUACCAGGGAAAGCAAAACGAUAGCAACCGAGAAUACAAAUCUGCCAAAGAAAGGGGAAUACACAUUGUGUCAGAGCACUGGCUUUUAGAGAGUGCACAAGAAUAUAAACGACUGCCUGAAGCUCUUUAUCCUCACACAUACAAUCCUAAAAUGAGUUUGGACAUUAGCAGCGUACAAGAUGACAGAUGCUCAAGUAGGCGUGACUCAGCUGGGAAGGAAGACGAGAUUAUUUCAGAUGAUGAUGCAGAAGAUGUUACUACUGACCAAAUAAACGAGGCAGCUGCUAUAGAAAAAGAUGAUGCAUCAAAAGGAGUUUUAACACAGACCCUGGAAAUGAGGGAAAACUUUCAGCGUCAGCUACAAGAAAUAAUGACUGCAACAUCACUAGCAAAACUGCAAGGACGGAGGAGGUCUCUGCCUAGGAAUGGUUUUGAUAAUUCUCCGACAACUCCUGAUGGCCCUCGUGCACGUAAUGGCCGUAGUAGAGUCUUGGAAGCGCUAAGGCAGUCCCGUCAGGUAACACUUGAUGUCAACACAGAGCCAUCCCAGAAUGAACAGAUUAUUUGGGAUGACCCCACUGCAAGAGAAGAGAGAGCGAGGCUUGCCAACAAUCUGCAGUGGCCCAGUAGUCUUUCUCAGUGUUCUGAACAAAUUCAGACGAACGCAGUGAACACAGGGGACUCCUCAUUUAGGAAGUCCUUGACUGAUAGAGAAAUUGCUGACAUGGGUGCUGAUGAGUCUGUGAAAACAGUUGAGGCCCCAAGGCUUCCUGCCUGUGGAAAUUCAGAAACUUCUAUAAAAGGCUAUGAUCUGAUCUCAACACCAUUGGCUCCUGCUAUUGCUUUUUCAUUAGCAAAUCCUCCUGUGGCUCCCCAACUCAGAGAAAAAGUCAUAAUAGACCAAAAAGCAGAGAAGCAACGGAAAUUCCAGUUGUCCUCACUUAACCCUCAAGAGCGAAUCGAUUAUUGUCAUCUGAUUGAAGAGCUCGGUGGGGUAGUUCUUGAGAAGCAGUGCUUUGAUUCUAGCUGCACACACACAGUUGUGGGAUACCCUCUUCGAAAUGAGAAAUUCUUGGCAUCGAUGGCAGCUGGCAAGUGGGUACUUCAUCGUUCCUACCUCGAGGCAUGCAGAGCAGCACAGCGCUUUGUAGAGGAGGAAGAUUAUGAAUGGGGAAGUAACUCCAUACUCAGUGUAUUAUCUGGAAUCAAUGAAAUCCAGAAGAAAUUAGCAGUUGCAGCAAUGAGAUGGAGGAAAGCAAUACAAAGGAGGAGAGAGGAAACUGGAAUUACUGAGGGGGCAUUUAGUGGUUGGAAAGUUAUUUUGCAUGUUGACCCAGCGAAGGAAGCAGGCUUCAAACGUCUUCUGGAGUCAGGAGGAGCAAAGGUGUUGCCUGGUCAUUCUUUUCCUCUCCUCAGAGAUGUCACUCACCUUUUUGCUGAUUUUAAUAAGCUGAAACCAGAGGAUGUAAGAGUUAGUACUGGAAAGGCUGCAGCUCAAGGUGUGAACUGCCUGAAGCCAGAAUACAUUGCUGAUUACCUGAUUCAGGAUCCACCACCUCCUGUGGAUGGCUAUCGUUUGCCAGAAGCUGCUGCUUGUCUUCCUCAUAGCAAAGAACAUGGAACUAGGUUGUCUCAAAAGCGAAAAGCACCUGAUGAAACAAGCAUAGUUAAGCGAUCCAGACUGUAUUAAGAUUUUAAACAAAACAUUUUCUAUUUCUAUUUAUUUUUCUUUCAAUAAUACAUGUCUUUAUAAUA